AUGCGUGGCAAGGACGAUGAGUAUGAUUAUCUUUUCAAAGUGGUGCUGAUCGGGGACUCCGGCGUAGGGAAGAGCAACCUCCUCUCACGCUUCACCCGCAAUGAGUUCAACCUGGAGAGCAAGAGCACCAUCGGGGUGGAGUUCGCCACCCGGAGCAUCCAGGUGGACAACAAGACCGUGAAGGCUCAGAUCUGGGACACGGCAGGCCAAGAGCGUUACCGCGCCAUCACCUCGGCCUAUUACCGGGGGGCAGUGGGUGCCCUCCUGGUCUACGACAUCGCCAAGUACCUGACCUACGAGAAUGCUGAGCGCUGGCUGAAGGAGCUGCAGGACCACGCCGACGCCAACAUCGUCAUCAUGCUGGUGGGCAACAAGAGCGACCUGCGGCAUCUCCGUGCCGUGCCCACCGACGAGGCCAAGAGCUUUGCAGAGAAGAACGGCCUGUCCUUCAUCGAGACAUCUGCCCUGGACUCCACCAACGUGGAGACAGCCUUUCACAGCAGCCUGGCAGAAAUCUACCGCAUCGUGUCGCAGAGGCAGAUGACUGGGCAGCAGGAGCCGGAGUUUGGGUCCAGCACGGUCAUUGACCCUAUCAAAGUCCUGCCCACUCACCAGGGGGGGAAACAGGCUCCCUGCUGCCAGAACAUAUGA